GUCGGAAUAACGAAUAUGGCGGCAAGAAGGCGUUGCCGGCUCAAUAGACCAAGCUCUUAUUGGCUGCUUUUUGUCUGUGCUUGCGUUGCGUCAAACAAUAGUCUAGCGAUCAGUUGGGUAUUCAACGUACAGUGGUACAGUACAAUGGCAGCUUUAUUACAUUACAGUAUUUUUAUGCCCGGGCGUUUGCUGAAGUAUGCCCCAUUGGGGUUUUUAGUAGUAUCGCUGGUGGGGUCUGUAACUAAAGAACUAGUUACUCUACCUCCAUUCUAUUUCACCUCUAAACGCAACUUUUUAAACAUGCUUUUUGUCAAAUUUGCUUGGGGAUGGACACUGGUACUGCUUUUGCCUUUUAUCAGCAUCGUUUGCUACCACGUCCAUAGGAGCGUUACAGUCAUACUGCAGCGGUUAAGUGCUCUUUUAGUUGGAACUGCCGUUUGGUAUUUCUUCACAUGGCUGUUCAUGUUUAUUGAAGAAAGCACAGGAGAUUGCUAUGUAUCAGAGGUGAACACAACACUUUCUGGGUACAGCAGUAGGAGCGACUGUAAAAAAAAUGGACUGUUUUGGAGUGGAUUUGACAUUUCUGGACAUUCUUUCCUAUUGCCUUACUGUGCACUUAUGAUUUGGGAAGAGACUGCUGUCAUAGAAAAAAUAAAUGAAUCCUUCAAGUCCCAGUCUUUAAGGCACAUAGUAAUAAUUUUAUUUAGUCUGCUUAAUCUGUUGGCUUUGAUUUGGUGUUUGAUGUUCUUAUGCACAUCUUUCUACUACCAUGAUAUACCCCAGAAAAUAAUUGGGACUGUAUUUGGAAUGUUAUCUUGGUAUGGAACGUAUUUGUAUUGGUACCAGAAACCAGUAUCUCCUGGACAUCCUCAGAUAAUUUUUACCAGACGACACAAAGUCAAGUAGAAAUAUGGAGUUGUACUGUAAAUAUAUACAAAGUAUUUAUAUUAAUAUUGACAAAUGACAUAAAUCGGUGGCAGUAAUGUAUAAGCAUUUACUACAAAAAAUGCAUGAAUAUACUCUUUGGAUUGGAAAGUCCACUUAUUUGAGUUUUAUUUUAAAAUACUGGAUUAAAUUAACAACUUUUUUUACUGUCUGUUAAAAAAGUACACUACAAAUUUCCUAUCUCAAACAUCCAGUAUAUUAAAAUAAAAAUGUGCAUCUGUUUGUUUGUAGUUGGAUGAAACCAUGUUCAGGCUCUCUUGUGUUCAACAGUCGAAUCACAUUCUCAUUGAGUGUUGUGAUUACUCUUGGAUAUUAUUUGAUUUACAGAGCUAGACUGAGAAUAAUGGCUGAUCACAGCUAUCGGAUGUAUUGUGCCUUUAAUGUGUAUCAUUUACAUUACAAAAUGUAUGAGGCAGCACAUGAUAGGAGGGAAUUGCCAAUCUUUUGGCAAUUAGCGAUCCACAUUUCUUAUUGUCUAGUCUUUUCUUAAUUUUCAUAGAAUUUCAUGGACAACUAGCCAGAAAAUAUGUAGAACUAUCUUUGGAGACAGUUCUGUGUGCUUUUGUCAUUGAAAUCAUGUUGUGGACUAUAGCCACUGUUUUGUUGACAGGGUGCCAACAGUUUUGAAAAUCACCACUUCUUUUUACCUAAUGUAUUGACCCAUGAAAUCCACUUUUAUAAAAAAAUGAAGUUCACUUUAAAAUGUGUCCAAGAAGAAGACUGGAAGGCAAUCUUUAUUUUGAUACUGGUGUAAAUCACAGGAUGUUCAAUUACAUGGCAGACAAAUUGCAGGAAUAAUAGUCCAACAGAUUUUAGUAGAUUGACAUUAAAACCAUUGACCACAAAAGGAAGUAUGGACACCCUAAUGUGCAUGCUCUGAGGCAAAACUUCAGACAAUGCGAAAGAAGUCUGCUUUUUUUGAGGGGUGCAAAUCCCCCUAUGCUCCCCCUGUUAAUUAUAUAUGCUGAUUCACAGAUUGCAUAGUCCCCAGGGAAGAGGCAUAUUCCCCACCCAAGGGAUUGUGCAGAUAUCGACAUUUGGGAGUUUUAUUAAUAAAAGUACUCCAAUUUUAAAUAUAUUAAGUGCAUCUGCCAUUAUAGACAAGGUUCUGUACCAGUUGGUAAGAAAUCUUUCAAAAAAGUAAAAUAAAAAAAAGAUGCUGUAAUGUCAGUGAUGUAGAUACUCCCUUUUAUUUACUUUCAGUGAAUUGACAAGUAAAAUGUGCUCAAGUUAUGCUUUUAGACGCUGAUGCCAUUGAUUGCCUUGUACUGUAAAACAUAUGUUGCAAGUGUCUGCAAGAGAGUCUCACCUUACAUUGCCAGACUAACAGUCUCUGGACAAGUCCGACACUGACUGGAAGGGAAUUAACUUAAUAUUUUGUAUUUUUUUUACCUUCAGUGUAUCAUGCAUAGUAGUAGCCUUAUUACAUUAUUUAAUAUGUAUGCAUAUGUAUGUAAUACAAACCUAUAAAUAACACUGUUUUCUUUGUGCAUUUUAAGACUGAUCUCCCUAUUUUUUUUCCUUUUUGUGGGUGUGUGAUACAUAUUUUUCCUUGCAGGAUGAGGAAAUGCAGAUUGCAUCAAAUUGCAGUCGCACCCUUUCUCAUAGGAUCAAAAUAAACACACUUGAGGGACUGGGUUAUCCAUCCCAUUUUGAGUCAAAAGCAUUGUACCCAUUUGAGACGCCACAAGUUAUACUUCUGCCCCUGUCAGAGCAAGAACAAGAAUUCUCUUUGGAGUCCAUUACCACAACCCAGCAGUGGUUCUGUAGAAAUGUUUGAAAUAUUUUCUCUAAUUAUUUCUGGUCGUACAUUGUGUUUGUGAGUGCCUACCUAAGCUUCUUGUUAGAACAUGCUAAUGGUAUUUUCACAUGACUAGUAAAAGCAUGGUUUAGAUUCUUAUUAAAAACUGAUUUACUGUGGUCAAAGA